AACUCAAGCGUCAGUGGUACGUCACGUCGGCCACAUCAGCAGCCACAACAAUCAAAACACUUGCUUCCACAGCUGACCAUACCAUCGUACAUCAUCAUCUUCCUUCUGGCUGUCAUCGGCAACGCCCUGGUGGUGAUGACACUGGCCAAUAACCGAAAUAUGCGAACCAUUACGAAUAUUUUCUUGUUGAAUUUAAGUAUAAGUGACAUGCUGUUGGCUGUCUUUUGUAUGCCAUUCACACUCAUUCCAACACUGAUGCAAGACUUCAUUUUUGGCUAUGUCGUCUGCAAACUUGUCAGAUACUUGCAAGGCUUAGUAGUAGGAGUGUGCGUCUUUACACACGUCACCAUCUCUUUGGAAAGAUUCUGGGCAAUUUGUCAGCCCCUCAAGUCGAGAAAAUGGCAGACGAGAAGGCACUGUUACAAGAUGCUGGUCUUAAUUUGGCUGGGCGCCAUACUCAUCACAAUUCCGACAGGUGUCAGCCACCAGAUUGUUUCACUCAGGAAUGCUAAAAAGUGCGUUGAGAUGUGGACCAAUAAGAAUUUAGAGAUCGCUUACGUCAUCAUCCUUCUUUUCCUCCUUUUCAUCCUUCCGCUUGUUGUCAUGUUUGUGGCGUAUGGGUGCAUUGCUGCUACACUGUUCUGUGGGAUGAGUCCUCAAAAAUUUAAAUCCUACUCAUUCAUCUCUCGCAGAACUAACACAGACAACGAUCUGGCAACAGCAGCAGCAACAACAACAACAACAGCAGCUGCGAAAGCACCAACAUCUCUUACAACAAACACCUCAAACAGCAUCAACAGAUCACGACGCAAGAGCGUGUUGAUGUUGUUCAUUGUCGUAUCGGAAUUUUUCAUCUGCUGGGCACCGCUCUACAUCAUGGAGACGUGGACGAUCAUCUCGCCGCAGACCAUCUCUCGCCCAAGCCCCGUCGUCAUGAAUCUCAUCCAUCUGCUGGCAUUCAUCAGCAGUUGCUGCAAUCCCAUCACGUAUUGUUUCAUGAGCAAGAAGUUCAGGGCCGGAUUCGUUGGAGCGUUUGGAAAGUGUUGCAAGUGUCUCGUCAGCAGGUCGGUUGAU